AUGGACACGAAUUGGACGCCAGCGACGCCCGCGCGCGCGCGUGCGGACGCACGAAUCGCGUCGGAUAAGGUGCUGUCGACAAAGGCGUUCGAGGACGCGCGGGUGAAGGAUCACCGCGACGUGGAGCGGGAACGCGGGGUGUACCUGCCGCCGAGCGCGGAAGAGGCGGCGACGCACGCGGACAGCGCGCAGCCGAGACUGCUGAGCGAGGAUGGGAAAUUGGAAAAACUUAAAUAUUUUGACUCCGAAGUAGACUUGGGAUUGGAGUUCGGGGCGGGGGUAUCGGGAUACUUUUUCGUGCUGCGGGCGUUCGCGUGCUUGUUCUUCGCGGCGUUCGCGUUGAAUUUGCCCGCGAUGUUCAUUAAUUACACGAGCACGUAUUACGCGUCGCAUUACGAAGCGGAGCCUGAAACCGCGACAGCGCCGACGGCGGACGCGCUCAGUGGACGCCCGACGACGUCGUUUCACUCGUGGUUCGUCGAUUGGCACUGGGCGAAUCCGAUGAGCGCGAGCUUGGGGACCGUGGCGCCUGACGAUGUGCCGCAACGAGCGUGGGUGCUCGCGGGGACAACGAGUGGGGUGCUGCGGUGGAGCUCCAGUAAGAUAGAUUUCAUUCGAUUUUCGGUGGUGAUGGAUGUCGUGGUGUCCUUGAUAAUUAUAUUGAGCGUUCCAGUGAUUAUGCUUGUGUUGAUGCGUACGGAGCGACGGGUCGAGAGAGGGACGGCGACGUUGAAGGAUUACACGGUAUUAGUUACAGGAUUACCAAGCGAUGCGACCGAUGAAGAAGUGCGAUGCUUUUUCGCGCUCAGGUUUGGGACGGUAGCCGACGUCGUGCUCGUAAAGACGGAGUGUAUGCAAAUCAACGCGCAGCGACGGCGUCGGCGCUUGUUGGAGGAUUACGACGAAGCCGAAGCUGCGCUCAUCGCCGCAGGUAAUCGCGGAGGUGACGGCACGAAGACGGCUAUAGAAAACGAGAUAUUGGCUGUGGAUAGGAAAUUGAAGCGCAGAAGAGCGCGAACGCGGGCGAAACAGUGUAGUGCUUUCAUCACGUUUGAAACCGAAGGCUCAAAGAUUGAUUGUAUAUUGCGCAACACGCGCAGUAUAAUGUCGUACAUCUUUGCGUUUCCUAGGAAAGAGCGUUUCCGAGGAAAGCGGAAGUACAGAGUGCGAGAUGCUCCCGAACCUGAGGACGUACGAUUCGAGAAUCUGAAUCUCUCGAAUCGCUCAUGGCGUCGACUCGUCGUGCUAUUCUCGUGCUCGGCCGUCGUGCUCUUGUGUUACGGCUUUUUGAAGAUGCUCGUGGAUGACAAGGAGAAGCUGUGGGAGAACGCAGACAUGAUGGUCACUACGCUUGCGGACGAUGUUGGCAUUGUCGUCGCCCACGGUAAUCCGGUUGAGCAAUUCGAGACGCAUAAGAAUCAGUUCAGGACAGCAUGCAGAGCUCGCUUGGACCAAUGCGGCGUGGCUUUUUCCAAGGACAAAACGUACGUUGGCAUGCCUUGGGGGGCGCCAAUUUACGCUUUCUACGACUACCCCAACGCCACACUCUUAGAUCGUCGUUACGCUCAGCAGGAUGCGGUUCGUGAUUUGACGAAUUGCGCCCAAGACACCAACCGUUGUCCGGGAGGUCCGACGAUGCAAAACUGUCACGCGUGCUACUGCGCCAGUCUGAAGUACGGCUUAACUUCGGAGGUUGUUCGGGCAUACAACAAAGCCAUUCGCCACUCGUGCGCGAAAUACGUGAACCUCGGUCCAGGAGAGUAUUACAACUGGUUGUGGGUGUCGUUUUGCAUUACGCUCAUGAACGUCCUCCUCGAAUGGAUUGUGCCCCUCCUCGUCGCCGCAGAACGUUUGCGCACGCGCAGUGCCACGAAGGUGCUCAAGACGAAAAUAAUCUUCUGGGUGCGAUAUUUGAACGUCGCGGUUAUUUAUGGCUUGCUCAACGCCAAUUUCUAUCACAUUGGCAGGUAUUUCCCGCUCAUCAAGCAAAUGUUUGGGCUCAAAGGCGAGUACGCAGAUUUCACGAGCGAAUGGUUCAACGACGUCGGCUUGGUGUUGUUUUUCGCAAUCAUGAUGAGCGUGACGAUACGUAUUUUGGCUCGAGUACUUGUAGACAUCAUCACGCAUGUCGGUCGAAAAUUCUCCGUGGCGUACUGUCACACGCAAGCAAAGCUGAACAAGGCGUUUGAAGGGCCAUCGUUUGACACCGGCGCCAAGUGCGGCGACGUUUGCUUUACGAUUAUGGCGGCGAUGACCUUUUCGAGCGGUAUGCCGCUGAUAUACUUGGUUUUGUCGAUGUACUUCGUGUUGGUGUACCUGUACGAUUACCGCCUCCUGUUGAAAGUGUGCAAGUUGCCCGAAAGAUCGAAGAGCACGCUUCCCAUGACGGCGGCGAAGGUGCUUUUCAUCUCAGUCUCGAUUCACGCUCUCAUCGGUCUUUGGAUGUUCUCGUACCACUGGACACCUGAUUUGGCGAAACCGACGAAAGACUUUGAACAUUCGAGUAAGAACAAUGCUCCUCCGCUUGCGUAUGAGAUUGGGGGUGAAAUAUUAAACCCGCCGCACGACAACGGCGCGCUCACGGCCAUCGUGCAAAGCACCGGCGUCGCGACGACGUACUUUCAUCAGUAUCGCGACGCGACAGUCGGGGCGUUGUCGGCGGGAGAUUUCGUCGCUCCACCGCCACGCGUACAGCUGCGUUUCGCAGAACGACCGUUCAGCGAAGCGGGGAUGCCGUUCAUGGGUAUGUUCUUCGCCCUUUUGGGCGUCAUGGGUUUGUGGCAAAUCGCAGUCGCGUGGCAUAACUGGGGCAAGUCGCGUCGAGACAUCGCGCGCUCGUGGAAAAACUUACCUCAGUAUCACGAAGCCAUCAUGACCGGGUUAAUCGUCGGUUCGGAGACGUACCGUCCCGAAUAUCAGCCCGAUUACGCGUUCUUGUUCGACAAGAGCACUGUCGCGGCGGCCAAAAUGAAACUAGGCUCGUACGCGGGAGGCCCCGUGCGCGGCGACUCGGUGAACUCGCGAGACGCGUGGUCGCUCGGACAAGGCGACGACGAUGAUAUCGCGGAGCUGAUUCAUCAUCGUUAUGAUAACGAACGCGAGUACGACGGUGGCGCGCCUUGGGUGCGUAAGACCGGUUCAAAGAUAUACGGCGGCGACGCCGCGACCGCGAAGCGAGGCUCUCGCGGCACGCGCCAGCGCGACGGCGGACAUUACGGCGUACCAGUGGUCGAUGUUCGCGCUUUGGGGGUUGGAAGCGACUACAAUCACGUCGAAAACAACGCGUUCGGGCACUCCGACGCGUUCGUCGCGGAUGAUCAUGAGUGGGACUCCGCCUCCGACGCCGACACGCUCGACGACGACGCGUCGACGCAGCGAAGUCAAUCCUUUAGCGAUUACGAGAACGAUGAUCAACGAUUCGACGGCGCCAGGCGACCGGCAUGGCUCGACUAGGACGAAACGUACA